AUGGCGGCUAACGGACUGUACAAUCUCUACCGGCUCGCCAUCCCCGUGGCCACCGGCGCCAUGAUCUUCAACGCCUCCAUCUACGAUGUCCGCGGUGGUACACGGGCGGUCAUCUUCGACCGACUGUCUGGUGUCCAGGAGAAGGUGAUCAACGAGGGCACGCAUUUCCUUAUUCCCUGGUUGCAGAAGGCUAUUGUCUACGAUGUCCGCACCAAGCCUCGCAACAUCUCCACCACUACGGGCAGUAAGGACUUGCAGAUGGUCAGCUUGACCCUGCGAGUGCUUCAUCGUCCAGAUGUCCCGAAGCUGCCGGUUAUCUAUCAGAAAUACGGUACCGACUACGAUGAGCGUGUCCUCCCCUCGAUCGGCAACGAAGUCCUCAAAGCCAUCGUCGCCCAGUUUGACGCCGCCGAGCUCAUCACACAACGAGAGGCUGUAUCGAACCGCAUCCGCACCGACCUGCUGAAGCGCGCCGCACAGUUCAACAUCGCUCUGGAAGACGUCUCCAUUACACACAUGACCUUCGGAAAGGAGUUCACGCGGGCCGUCGAGCAGAAGCAGAUCGCACAGCAGGACGCCGAGCGGGCCCGGUUCAUCGUCGAGAGAGCCGAGCAGGAGCGUCAGGCCAACGUUAUCCGUGCCGAGGGUGAAGCUGAGAGUGCCGAUAUCAUCAGCAAGGCCGUCGCUCGGGCGGGCAGCGGUCUCAUUGAGAUCCGUCGGAUCGAUGCCACCAAGGAAAUCGCCCAGACGCUGGCGAGCAACCCCAACGUCACGUACCUGCCAGGCAGCGAUGGCAAGGAGGGCGGCAAGGGCACGAGCCUUCUGCUGGGUUUGAGAAACUAG